AUGAAGCUGUUAAGCUGGAAUGUCCGUGGGCUUGGGAACCCACGAGGCAUUCGAGCUCUCUGCAAUCUGGUGAAGAGGGAAGCUCCUGAAGUCCUAUUUUUAUGGGAAACUCAUCUGAAGGCUCAUGAAUUCGAGGUAUGUCCUGGUUUUUCACUGGAAUUUAUGGUUUUCCUGAAGUUGCUCAACGUUACAAAACUUGGGACUUGUUACGAACUCUUGGAUAUGGGGUUUAGGGGGUCAAAAUUUACUUGGUGCAAUCGGAGGGGUGGGUCUCAAUGUGUUAGUGAGAGAUUGGAUAGGGCAUUGGCAAAUGUCUCUUGGGGGGAUAAGUAUUCCAAUGCUUCGGUUACACAUGGAGUGGAAGCUUAUUCCGAUCAUAAUCCUAUUUUGGUCAAUACUGAAGGGGAAGGGGGUGUUAUAAGGGGUAGAAGACAGUUCAGACUUGAAGAGAUAUGGAUAGGAGAGCAGGCUUGUGAUGAUAUUAUCAGGUCCACAUGGAGGGGAAAAAGUGAGGGGAGUUGUAUGGUCGAUCUUAUGGACAAGUCAAAGAAGUGUGGUAGUCAGUUGCAAAGCUGGAAUAAAAAUUGGUUUGGAAAUGUUCAAAAGCAGUUACGUUUGGCAAGACAAAGCAUGGAAUUGUUGCAUGCUUUGGAUCCAGUAGGUGAACAAAAAGAAGACCAUGAGCGGGCUAGAGAAGAGUUGCAAAAAUGGAUGGAAAGGGAUGAGGUGAUGUGGAGGCAAAGAUCAAAAGCUUUGUGGUUAAAAGAUGGUGACAAAAAUUCUAGCUAUUUUCACAUGAAGGCAUCUCAGAGGAGAAGGAAAAAUAGUUUGGCAAAAAUUUAG